GCAGCCAAGCUCGUCGAUGUCAGCGCCAUCGAUGAGCCACAGCGAGCUCCGCCUUUGCUGACCCCUCGUCGGUCGCUGCUUUUUGAUCUUAAACCCUGAUUUUGUUAAUCCUUGGAAGAGCUCGAGGAGGAGAUGCACUGCAGCUGGGUGUCGUCUUGAGUGUAUGGGCUGUGGUUGUAUUGGCAAAUCUUCGACCGAUUGUGGGUUUUAGGGUUUUGGUGGGUGCGGUGGACGCGAUGGCUACAACAGAUGUCGCAAUGAAUAGGGAGGCGUUCAAGACUUUGGUGAAGAAUACGUUGGAGAGGAGGUUGUUCUACAUUCCGAGCUACAAGAUCUAUGGCGGUGUGGCGGGGUUUUACGACUAUGGCCCAUGGGGGUGCCAGGUCGAGACGAACGUGCUGAACUUGUGGCGCCAGCACUUCGUAAUGGAGGAAGAUAUGUGGGAGAUUCGUUGCCCCUGCGUCACCCCUGAGGUCGUCUUGAAGGCCUCCGGUCAUGUGGAUAAGUUUACCGACUUGAUGGUGAAGGAUCUGAAGCUGGGGUCUUGUUUCCGGGCCGACCACCUGUUGAAGGAUUUCCUCACUAAGGCGCUUGAGGAUGACGCAAGGUUGGUGGCUGAGAGGGCCGCUGCUCCUCAAGCAGUGGUGCCUGAUAGGAAGAGUAAGAAGAAUGUGGCCGAGCCAUUGACGCCCGAACAGAAGUUGCGGAUGCAGAGCGACCUUGCUGGGCUUGAUGAAUUCUCGGGUCCGGAAUUGGGCGAGAAAAUCAAAGCGUAUAGCAUUAAGGCACCGGAGUCCGGCAACGACCUUUCGGAUCCUUAUCCUUUCAAUCUUAUGUUCUCCACGCAAAUUGGCCCGACUGGCACUCUACAUGGUUAUAUGAGGCCGGAGACAGCACAAGGCAUUUUUGUGAACUUCAGGGAUUUGUACUACGAAAGUGGUAAUAAGCUGCCUUUCGCUGCAGCCCAGAUUGGUUCAGCGUACCGCAACGAGAUAGCCCCACGACAAGGCCCCAUGCGGGUAAGGGAAUUUACCAUGGCAGAAAUCGAACAUUUUGUUAAUCCAGACGACAAGUCGCACCCUAAGUUUAAGAGUGUGGAGAAUCUAGUGGUCUAUCUCUUUCCAAGAGCUGAACAAAUGGCUCUUAGAGACCAUGUCGAAAUGCGGAUCGGUGACGCUGUAGCUCAGGGUAUCGUAGAUAAUGAAACCUUAGGCUACUUCAUUGCAAGGACUUACUUGUUCCUGACUAAGCUGGGUAUUGACAAGAAACGCUUGAGAUUCCGCCAACAUCUUGCGAAUGAAAUGGCUCACUACGCCCAAGACUGCUGGGACGCUGAGAUUGAAUGCUCUUAUGGUUGGUUCGAGUGUGUUGGUUGUGCAGACCGAUCUGCGUACGAUCUCAAAGCUCAUACAGCAAAGAGUGGUCAAGAACUUACCGCGUACGAGUCUUUCGCUGAACCGAAAGAUGUUGUGCAACUAACAAUCGUACCGAACAAGAAGGUGUUGGGUAAGGAAUUCCGGAGGGACCAGAAAAUUCUUUCAGAAUCUCUGGAGGCGAUGAAUAGGGAAGAGGCAUUGGCUCUUAAAGCUAAACUUGAAGAGAAGGAGAAAGCGACAUACAAGGUGUGCUCGACAGGUCAAGAGUUUACGCUCACGAAGGAAAUGGUAGCAAUCGAAGAGAAAGUUGUGAAAACGCACGGUCGGAACUUCACACCAUCUGUGAUUGAGCCGUCAUUCGGAAUUGGUCGUAUUAUGUACUGUUUGUACGAGCAUUGCUUCUACUUGCGGCCUGCUGUGCCUGGAGAGCAAGUAAGCAGUGUAUUCAGAUUCCCUCCAAUAGUAGCUCCUAUCAAGUGUACUGUCUUCCCACUCAUGCAGCGAGAAGUCCUCAAUGUUAAGUCCAAGGCAAUGUCGAACGGUCUCACCAGGGCAGGCGUGUCCAACAAAUUGGACAUUACGGGCAGGUCAAUCGGGAAGAGAUACGCCAGAACAGAUGAGGUUGGUAUCCCAUUCGCCAUAACCGUUGAUUUUGAUGAAGGUGUCACAGUGCGAGAAAGAGACUCGAAGCAGCAAGUUAGGAUUCCAGAUGCUGAGGUUGUUGACGUUGUACGGGAUCUUUCCAAUGGCACGGUUGUUUGGGAGGACGUUGCAGCCAAGUAUAAGCUAGUUACAGUGGCAGAAAUUGAGGCUGAGUUAUAGGUAGUCAUUGUGGACUCGGCAGGUCCUUUGUCAUUGUGGGUACUGGUACCACAUAAUUCUAGGUAGAAGUGUGCACCUUGCAGUGUCCACAUCACUUCAUUCUAUUGUAGUAAUUCUUCAACAUGUGUAGAUGGUCUCCUUUGGCCUUCUCAAUCUCAAUAUUGGAUGCGUUUUUCAACGUCCUUGAAACAGUGA